AUGACGAGUUUCCUCCCUCAGAGCUGCUUUCGACAGCUAGCGCGACAGUCUCUGACCCGGAGAACGCCUGUAUUCCUCGCCCCCGAAUCGUCCCGCUUCCAACAGACACAAUAUUUCUCGAGCACGCCCCGGACUCAAUCUCGAAUCGGCGGAGCCCCGAUUUCAAUUCCCUCGGAGGUGUCCCUAAAGUUCAUUGAGCUUCCUCAACUCAAUGUCAGAGGACAGGGCAAGGAUCAGCCGAAGGUUGAAAUUGAAGUUACUGGGCCGCUGGGCCAAUUGAAGCAAACCAUCCCUUCCUUCGUUACUGUUGAGCACGAUGAAGCCUCUCGAAAAGCUACAUUAUCCGUUCAAGAUUCCAUGAUUCCGCACCAGCGUGCUAUGUGGGGAACUACUCGAGCCAAUCUACAAAACUUAAUACUGGGAGUAUCGGAAGGCCAUGUCUGCAUCCUUAGUCUGGUUGGUGUUGGUUACAGAGCUACUGUCGAGCCAACGGCGGUCACUAAAGAGCCUGAGUACCCUGGUCAACAAUUCGUCUCACUCAAAGUUGGAUACUCGCACCCGAUCGAGCUGGGCGUCCCCAAGGGCGUGACAGCCAGCACUCCCCAGCCCACACGCAUUCUCCUGCAGAGCACUGAUAUACAAACAGUGACACAGUUCGCCGCUGAGAUUAGGGAAUGGCGGAAACCGGAACCUUACAAGGGCAAGGGUAUCUUCGUCAACGGGGAGACCAUCCGACUGAAGGCCAAGAAGAUCCGGUAG